GUGUGGAGAGCGCAAAUGAGAAAGAUGCUAAGCGGCAGCGCGAGGGCAUGGCCAUGCAGGCCAAUGAUCAUCGCCGCAACGUUCCAAGGGCCAUGGGUGAUAACCAGAGGAGACAAGGAUCUCACAGUCAGGGGAAGCAGGGCUCGCGUCAGACGAAAGUCUUAGCCAAGGGAGUAGACAUUGCCAUCCAGACGGAGCAGACGGCGGGGCUGUUACUGCGGCGAGUCAGUAGCAGGAUCAGGCAGAGACACAAGAAGUCCUUGGAACCUCCCGAUCGGACCCUCCUCUUCGACCUCAAUCGCAGCGUGGCUCUGAAUCACUCCAGGGUGUCGCAGUACAUCGAGCAGGCCCUGGAUAUGCCCGGGGAGCAUAACGGUUCCAACGCUGCCCACAAGAUGAUGCUGCCCAAUGGGAGCAUCGUGUCCAGCGUUGAAGCACCGUUAUCUGACAGGGACAAGAAGCUUCUCCAAGGAUGCUGGAAAGAGGUGCAGAAAGAUUUGAUCGAGUUCGGAGUGGAUUUGUUUGUCAGGCUUUUGGAAGAAAAUCCACCGCUGAGGGAGCUCUUCCCUUUCGGCAAGCUGAAUCUGUCACCGGAAAAGCUGAGGCAGAACGCGGACCUUCGCUCCCAUGGUCUACGGGUUAUGGAGACCAUCGGCACGGCGAUUGAGGGUCUCAACGAGUGGGAUCUGAUCGUGCCGAUCUUAGAGGACCUAGCGGCGAGGCAUAAGGUGUAUGGUGCUGUACCCCAGCACUUUAAUCCCCUCGAACAGGCGCUCACGUAUUCCUUGGGAAACGGUCUACCACCCAAGGUGUUUACCAAUGAGGUGCAGGGGGCGUGGCUAAACCUCUGGAAGGCGAUUGCUACAGUAAUGAGCGAUACAAUGAGAGAAGGGAGAGGAGUUUUUGAGAAGCACGACGAGGGGCCGAUAUCUGCUAGAGACAAGCGGCUGGUUCAGGCAAGCUGGAGGUCGGUAGAAAAAGAUCUGGCCAACUUGGGUGCAGGUUUGUUUGUCAGGCUUCUUGAGAAAAACCCUGCCAUCAAGAACCUCUUCCCAUUCGGCAAGCUCAACUUGUCCCCCGAGAACCUAAAGGACAACGCGGACCUGCGAGCCCACGGCAAGAAUGUCAUGGAGACGAUUGGCACGGCAGUGGAGACGCUGGACAACCCGGGAAAACUGGUACCUCUCCUGAAAGAUCUCGGAGCGAGGCACAAUGCUUAUGGCACCAAACCGGAACACUUUAAGCCUCUUGCAGAAGCCUUAAUCUUUACCCUGAAGGAUGGUCUGCCGCCGAAGGUGUUCACUGCAGAGGUGCAAGGAGCCUGGGAGAAUGCCUUGAAGGUGGUUGCAGAACUCAUGAGUGAAGCGAUGAGAAGCGAUGAUGCUGAUGUUGGACCGUUGUCUCAAAGAGACAAACGGCUCGUUCGUGAGUGCUGGAAGGUCAUACAGAAAGACAUGGUCAACUUGGGUGCAGCCCUCUUUGUAAGAUUGUUGGAAAAGAGCCCUCCCAUUCAGAACCUCUUCACCUUCGGUAAGCUCAACCUUUCAGCGGAGAAGCUGAAACGAAACAAGGAUUUGAGAUCCCACGGACAGCGAGUCAUGAGUACCAUCGGUGCGGUGGUGAUGGGUCUGGAUGACCCAGACAUCAUCGCUACCAUCUUGGAAGACCUUGGAGCCAGACACCAGAUGUACGGCGCCAAACCCGAGCACUUUCCGGCACUGGUGGAGGCGCUCAUGCGUUCCCUGAAGAACGGUCUGCCGCCCAAGCUGUUUACCCCUGAGGCUCAAGAGGCUUGGCAGAACCUGAUGAAGAUGGUGGCAACGUCCAUGAGCAAAACAAUGAGGAGCGGCAGUAGCGAAGAUGAGGGGCCGAUUUCUUCCAAAAACAAGCGCCUGGUCCAGGCUAGCUGGAAGAUCAUGGAAAAAGACGCAGUUAACCUGGGAGCAGUCCUUUUUGCCAGACUUUUGGAGAAGAAUCCUUCCAUUCAGAAACUCUUUCCCUUUGGCAAGCUGAACCUACCGCCGGACAAGCUGAGGCAGAACCCGGACCUGCGAGCCCAUGGCAAGGGGGUCAUGGAGACGAUUGGAAUUCUGGUUGCCAGUCUCGACGAUCUUAAGGACAUCGUUCCUACGUUAAAAGAACUCGGCGCCAGGCAUAACAGUUACGGCGCCAAACCAGAACACUUCCCUGCCUUGGUUGAAGCUUUCAUGUUUUCCAUGAAGACUCGAGUUUCGGCAGAGGUGUUCACGGCUGAGGUGCAAGAGGCAUGGAGGAACGUCUUGAAGGUUGUGGAUGUUACCAUGAGCACCUCUAUGAGCAGCCAUUCGAACGGUGCAUCAGAUGUAACGAUAUCUCCCAAAGACAAGCAGCUGGCACAGGGGAGCUGGAAGUUCAUUCAAAAAGACUUGGUCAACUUGGGCGCCAGUAUGUUUGUAAGGCUUCUGGAAAAGAAUCCAGGCAUACGGAAAACUUUCAGCUUCGGUAGGCUCAACUUACCGCCGGACAAGCUGAGGCAAAACCCGGACCUGCGAGCGCAUGGCAAGGGGGUCAUGUUGACGUUUGGGACUUUGGUGUCAGGAGCCGACGACCUGGGGAAAAUCAUUCCUAUGAUGGAAGACCUCGGGGCUAGGCAUAAGACCUACGGCGCCAAACCUGCGCACUUCCCGGCUAUCGUUGAGGCGUUCAUGUACUCCUUGAAGAAAGGUCUGUCACCCAAGAUAUUUACGCCUGACGUUCAAGAGGCAUGGAGGAACAUCUUGAGUGUGGUAGCUGUUACAAUGGGCAGCACUAUGAGUAGCGAUGAAUCUGGAGUGUCAGAAGAGGAAUCAACGGCAUCUCCGAUAUCUCCCAAAGACAAGCAGUUGGUCCAGAAUAGCUGGAAGUUCGUUCAAAAAGACUUGGUCAACUUGGGCGCAGUUAUGUUCGUAAGGCUUCUGGAGAAGAACCCUUCCGUGCAGAAUCUCUUCUCCUUUGGCAAGUUGAACCUGCCGCCCGAGAAACUGAAACAGAACCCGGACCUGCGCGCCCACGGCAAGGGGGUCAUGGAGACGAUCGGCACGGCAGUUGCUGGGCUAGAUGACUUGGGGAGGAUAGUUCCUAUCCUAGAGGAAGUCGGAGCUAGACACAAGAUUUACGGCGCCAGACCUGAACAUUUCCCAGCUGUUGUUGAGGCAUUAAUGUAUUCCCUCAAACAAGGUCUGUCACCAAAUGUCUUCACGUCUGAAACGCAGGAGGCGUGGCGAAACAUCUUGAAGGUGGUUGAUGUGACGAUGAGUCGAACUAUGAGACUGGAUGAGAACGGAAAUUCAGAGGAGGGGCUGAUAUCUCUGAGAGACAAGCGUCUGGUUCAGAAAAGCUGGAAGGUCAUGCAAAAAGAUUCCGUCAACUUGGGCGCCGCACUUUUUGCCAGGUUUCUGGAUAGGAACCCAUCCAUUAGGGAGCUCUUCCCCUUCGGCAAGUCGUCAGUUCCUCCCCAGAUGCUGAAACACAACUCGGACCUGCGAGCUCACGGCAAGGGGGUCAUGGAGACGAUCGGCACGGCAGUUGAUGGUCUGGAUGACCUGGGGAAGAUAGUUCCCAUCCUGAAGGACCUUGGGACUAGACACAAUGUCUACGGCGCCAAGCCUGAACACUUCCAGCCCCUAGUAGACGCCUUCAUGUAUACCAUGCGAAAUGGUCUGUCAUCCAAGGAGUUCACACCAGACGUUCAAGACGCGUGGGAAAACAUUUGGAAGGUGCUGGCUGAAGUUAUGAGCAACGGCAUGGAGUAGAAUCUACACUGUAAAAACAGUGUUUAGCAUUGAAACACAUCAGAACGUGUUUAGAGUUUAAAACGUAUAGGAAUGUGUUUCAAUUCUAAACGUAUACCACUUUGUAAUGUUGUGAAACUAAACGUGUUUAUGUUUUGGACAUGUACUUAGGAUUGUAUAUCUAAGUGCGCUUAGGAAGGUGUUUAAAUGCUAAACAUAAUUAUUAUUCAUUGAACAUGUCAAACGGAUAAUGCGUGUCACAGAAAAAAGACAUCUAAACAUGUCAUAAUGCUAAACGUGUGGAAAAGUGGGUACAGAAUAAGUGUUUAGAAAUGUGUUUAAAUCCUAAGCACCACUUUUACAGUGUAACUGCAGAUUUUUAUGCGAUCACUUUGAAAUGUGAUAUAACCUUAUUCACGAGUCGGCCAAAUUACAUUGAAAGCAAGGUAGAGUCUUCAUUUUUGGAACUUGCGAAAAGAAAUGAAAGCAAUGACAUAAAGUUAAUUACAAGUUAAUACCAGU